UGGUGAGAAGCUGAGAUCCAGUGAAGAGAAGCUCAGGUCCAGUAGAGACAAGCUCAGAUCCAGUGGUGAGAAGCUGAGAUCUAGUGACGAGAAGCUCAGAUCUAGUGGCGAGAAGCUGAAAUCCAGUGAAGAGAAGCUCAGAUCCAGUGAAGAAAAGCUCAGAUCCAGUGAAGAGAAGCUCAGAUCCAGUGAAGAGAAGCUCAGAUCCAGUGAAGAGAAGCUCAGAUCCAGUGACGAGAAGCUCAGAUCUAGUGGCGAGAAGCUGAAAUCCAGUGAAGAGAAGCUCAGAUCCAGUGAAGAGAAGCUCAGAUCCAGUGAAGAGAAGCUCAGAUCCAGUGAAGAGAAGCUCAGAUCCAGUGGAGAGAUGCUCAGACCCAGUGAAGAGAAGCUCAGUUCCAGAGAUGAAAAGCUGAGAUCCAGUAAAGAGAAGCCCAAAUCCAGUGGAGAGGCACUCAGUUCCAGUGGAAAGAACCUCAGAUCCAGUGAAGAGCUCACAUCUAGUAGAGACAAGCUCAGAUCCAGUAGAGAGAUGAUCACAUCUGAUGUAGAGAAACCCAGUUCCGGUGGCGAGAAGCUGAGAUCUAGUGAAGAGAAGCUCAGAUCCAGUAGAGACAAGCUCAGAUCCAGUGAAGAGAUGCUCACAUCCAAUGAAGAGAAACCCAGUUCCAGUGGUGAGAAGCUGAGAUCUAGUGAAGAGAAGCUCAGAUCCAGUAGAGAGAAGCUCAGAUCCAGUGGAGAGAUGCUCACAUCCAAUGGAGAGAAACCCAGUUCCGGUGGUGAGAAGCUGAGAUCUAGUGAAGAGAAGCUCAGAUCCAGUGAAGAGAUGCUCACAUCCAAUGAAGAGAAACCCAGUUUCAGUGGUGAGAAGCUGAGAUCCAGUAGAGAGAAGCUCAGAUCCAGUGGAGAGGUGCUCACAUCUGAUGGAGAGAAACCCAGUUCCGGUG